AUGGCUGCAUGUAGUACACCUGCAGAUAAAUGUGUUGCUUGUAUACUGCAAUCAAAUGAAGAAAAAGCAAAGCCAGGCAUUGUACAGUGCGCAGGGUGUCAGAAAUCGUUUUGUGUUAACCAUUUUGUCGAACAUCGAAAGGUAUUAUCGGAUAAACUCGAUGGUAUUAGUAUGCAACGAGAUAGCGCACGAGCAUGUAUUGAAGAAAUGUCGGAGCAAAUUCCCGCGAAGACCUUCAAGCCGAUCGAAGAUUGGAAAAAAGAGAUGUUACAGACAGUGGAAGAUACGGCUAAUACUGCGAAACGGAAAUUUCAAGAUUUGGUCAUUGAUGAUCUAGAACAGCAAUGCAAAGAGUUGACCGAUGAAAUCAAUUCUUUUCGAAACAAUGAUAAUUAUUUUGAAACGGAUUUAAGAAAACUUCAAUCUAAAGCGGAACUUCUCAACCAGGACUUAUCAGAUUUAGCGUCUUUUAGACGCAUUCGGUUAGCGUUGCCAUCGCUCGACUCUUCAAAUAUGGUGCAAAUGAAAUUGCCUGAAAUAGAAGCAGUUACUAAAGACAAGAGCGAGACCAACGACGAUUCUGAUACAGAUGAGUACUAUUCAGUCAUUCAACAAUUCCUGGAAAAAUAUAAACCAUCCGUGAGCAUGGAAGUAAACGGCAGGGGUUAUAUUUGUGCCUCUUCCACAAUGCUAAUCCAAAAUGAAUGGAACAGCAUAACGAGACAUGUUUUUCAUAGGGAAUCCACGUCAUCCUUUGCCUGCAACUCUUCUUCAUCACCACUUCAAUUGAAAUGGUCUGAAUGGCUCCAACAAUUCAUCAUCUUAGAUGCUUCUAAUAUUAUGGUUGCUGAUGCAUUAGAAAAGGUGUGCAAGACUGUGUUGACAACUGCAAAUCAACGAUUCAAAUAUUUAUCAUCCUGGAAAUCGAAAUGCGUUGUCGUUGAUGCAGCAAAUCGUGUGUUUGUCUAUCAGAUGAAGAAUGAUUUUGCGGAAUGGUAUCUUCUUUAUUGUUGGUCGCCACCCACUUCCUGUGCACCGUCGGAAGAUAUUACAGCUAUCAGUAUCAAUGGAACGUAUAUUGCGUUGGCUAUUAAACGUGAAGAGCGGUAUCGUUUUGUAUUGCACAACUAUGAAUUGAAACGCUGUGCGACUAUUCAUCUAAAUCAUCCCUGCACAUCUAUUCAGGCGCUGCCCAGUAACAAAUGGCUUUUGUACGAUUCAACGCAGACAACGUAUCGUAUUGUGGAUACUGAAAAAACCGUCCAGAACGAACCAUACCUAACGUCGUUAGCAAUUGCUGAAUGUCAGGUCACAUGUGAAAAAGAUGGCAAACUACUGGUAGUUCUUGUAAAGAAGCCACAACAACACCAACAAGAAAAUUUUAGCACGUUUAGAAGUCGUCAAUCAGAAAAGAACGAAGUGAAGAUCUAUGACUACCAAUUAUGA